AUGACAUCCAAAGAAGUGUCCAAACGCGACGCAGCGGAGAGCAGGAGGCGAAGUCCUCUCGACCUGCUGCCGCCCGCCGCCGUGACAACCAAGCCGCUCACCCCCUUCAGCAUCGAGGACAUCCUCAGCCGGCCCUCCGUGAAGCGCGGCUACACCAUCUGCGGCACCGCGCACCUCAUCUCGGCCUCGGAGAAGCACCGCGGCGGGCCGGGUGGACCUCCCCCGCUGGGUCGGACCCCCCCUCUGGGCCGGACCCUGCUCGCGCAGACCUCGCCUCUCUGCGCGCUGGAGGAGCUCGCGAGCAAGACCUUCAAAGGGCUGGAAGUGAGCGUGCUGCAGGCGGCAGAAGGCAGGGACGGGAUGACGUUGUUCGGCCAGAGGAACACCCCGAAGAAGCGGCGGAAGUCGCGCACGGCCUUCACCAACCACCAGAUCUACGAGCUGGAGAAGCGCUUCCUGUACCAGAAGUACCUGAGCCCGGCGGACCGGGACCAGAUCGCCGGGCAGCUCGGCCUCACCAACGCGCAGGUCAUCACCUGGUUCCAGAACCGGCGGGCCAAGCUGAAGCGGGACCUGGAGGAGAUGAAGGCGGACGUGGAGUCGGCCAAGGCGACGGGCCAGGUGCCCCUGGAGAAGCUGGCUAAGCUGGCCGACCUGGAGAAGUGCGCCAACGGGACGCUAGGCCACCCGCCCGACUCCCCGGCCCUGGCGCAGAGGGCCGGGCUGCACAGACUGAGGCGGGCCCCCGCGUCGCCCUUCUCGGACCACACGACCAGUAAGGAGGGCUCGGAGGACGAGGACGUGGAGAUAGAUGUGGACGACUGA